CGGUCCACCACCGUCAAAGGUUCUGCCGUCGUGGUCGUCGUCAAAAUCGGGUGUAUUUUCACUUUACGGCCGGUUAAGCGUGUGUCUGUGCACAGUGUCAGUUUUUUAAAAACAUGUUGUUUUACAACAACCGCACCCCGGUGCAUCACAAAGUUAUGUUUGUUUGUUUCAAUCGGGGGUCGUUUCAAAAGUGUGACGGUUGAAGAGUCUAGAGUAAGAUAUUAAAAUAACGUAUGAGGAUAAAAAGAGAGCAGAAUAAGUUGCUUGAAAAGAUAAAUUCGUUACGAUGUUUUCAGAACUUAAUUUAAAAUUGUGAACAAAAUCCAAGCAAAAAAUAUUUAUUGUUUGUACUCAAGUGUGGGUGGCGAUUCUUAAUGAUGUGAGGAAGAUUUAUUGCAAUUUUUAAAGAGUGAAAACGAAAAGGGAGAUUGGAUGUUUCAAACGGCGACAAGUGUAAUCAUUGCUGUUACUUUGUUACGUUACGUGUCGUGUUAGCACAAGUGGACACUUCAAGUUUUGCCAGACAAAAGCCAGCGCGUCGCAUUAAAAUUAACGAAAAGGAAAACACACAGAAAAAAAUGAAAUGAAAAUGUGACUCUCAAUUUUCCACCAAAUUCAGUUAGUUAGAGUGUGAGUGUGUUUGUGAUAGCGCAGAUUAAUUCGAAUUGUUUUAAAAAUAAGUGCAUCAUACAAAGUGUGUAACAAGUGCAACCUAAGAACGAGGAAAAAGCUGCGGAAAAUCUGCAAAAGAAAAAUCGACCAAACAACCACAGAUAGAGAGAAAAAGAUAAUAAUCACAUUGGAAGUGUGCAAUCAGCAAUUUGCCAGGAAAAUUCAAUCGUUUAAGAGGAAAACGAAGGAAAACGUUCUUCAAACAGUGAACCAGUAACAAGUGAGAAGUGUGUAAAUAGAGCUCGCUCGAAUUUGUCACUGUCUUGUCUAUCGGAGAGGAAGCAAGAAGAAAAGAAAAAGAUGUCCACCUCGUCGAUUGGGCGGCAGGAGGAGGAGCGGAAGCCGCUGAUGGAGGAGUUCUACCGGCAGCGGCGGAUCCUGCUCGGCUGCACCCUGCUCGUCGGCGUCGCCGUGAUAGUGUGGAUCAUUGCCAUCUCCACCGAUCGCUGGUUCCUGGUGACAGGUGGUCAAGGUAAGACACGACCAAGGAUGGUGGUGGUUUGCGAUGCAACUGCCGUGCACGGUUUUUGA